GCGGGCAACGGCUGAUGACGUUUGAGCCCGCGCUCGGUUAAGGAAGGAUUUGGGGGUCCUGUUGUAGGAAGUCGGGGUGCAGCCAGACGGAGCUGGGUGGGACGGCAGGUAAAAAUUCAAGAUGCCUGGGCGUUCCAGUUCAAAUUCAGGUUCAACUGGUUUUAUAUCCUUCAGCGGUAUAGAAUCUGCUCUCUCCUCCUUAAAAAACUUCCAAACCUGCAUCAACACUGGAAUGGACACAGCUUCUAGUGUUGCUUUCGAUCUUGUGGAAACUCAGACUGAAGUGAGUAGUGAAUACAGUAUGGAUAAGGCAAUGGUUGAAUUUGCUAUGAUGGAUCGGGAACUAAAUCAGUACGUAAAGGCUGUUCAGUCGACGAUAAAUCAUGUAAAAGAAGAACGUCCAGAAAAUAUACCAGAUCUAAAGUUAUUAGUGGAGAAGAAAUUUUUGGCUUUACAGAAUAAGAAUUCUGAUGCAGACUUUCAAAACAAUGAAAAAUAUGUGCAGUUUAAGCAACAGCUGAGAGAAUUGAAGAAGCAAUCAGGGAAACGUAAAGAAGAUGGAGGACACAGUGAGGUGGACAAGAUUAAGGAUAAGGAUGCAAGUAGAGCAGGCAAUGAACGAGGUUAUAGAAUUUUUUCUUCCAUUCUCAUUGUCCUCUCUUUCCUCAAACACUUGCAUUUGAAAGGGUUUCAGACCCCACACUGCUGCAGAAACAAUAAAGCACACAUUCUCAACGACAUAUUCAACUGGUCUGUGAACACAACCGGCCUUGCACCAGAUUUCAAGAAAUCAUGAACAUGUCUCCUUGCCAAAAAGCACAUCAGAGUAGAUAAUGGCAAAACCCUCAGUGAAUCCUGGAAUUUUUAAAAAAUUAACUGUUGCAUCAAAUAAGUCGACUAUGUAGUGAAAUUUUUAAUCAGCAGUUUUUCCCCUUUCUCUUCUAUUCUUCCUCUUUCACUCCAACCUCCAGCCAGAAUAACUGACUAUUAAAUUUCACCAUAAAUUUACCAGGAAUUUACACAGGGUAAUCCUCAGUUGUCACUAUGAUUUGAAAUAACCUCUCUUCUAUUCAUAGAUUAGGACCUCACCAAA